AUCCAAAUCCAAAAUAAACCAAACAAACCCUCUUCUUCACCAUAUUUCGCCUCUACUUCCCACUUCCCCAAAACCCUAAUCCCCAAAUCCCCACCUCACUCAACUCAAACAUCAUCAUCAUCAUCAUCGAUUCAAUCCAAUUCUUUUAGUCACAAACCCGAAUUUUGAUUUUUAAAUUUUAGUUUCAAUUUGGAAUUAAAUAAAAGGAAUCAAGAAUGCCACCUAAACAAUCGAAAGCCGAGGUAGCAAAGAAACAGAAAGUUGUUGAAGACAAAACAUUUGGUCUUAAGAACAAAACCAAGAGUAAAAGUGUCCAAAAAUAUGUUCAAGCUCUUCAACAGAAUGUUGUCCCCAAGCCUGAUCCUGCUAAACUUGCUGCCAAGAAAAAGAAAGAUGAAGAGAAAGCAAGAGAGAAAGAAUUGAAUGAUUUGUUUAAGAUUGCUGUUGUUCAACCUAAAGUACCCCCUGGGGUGGAUCCAAAGUCUAUAUUGUGUGAGUUUUUCAAGGCUGGCCAGUGUGCGAAAGGUUUCAAAUGCAAGUUCUCUCAUGAUCUUAAUGUACAAAGGAAGGGUGAGAAGAUUGACAUUUUCAGUGAUAAGCGUGAUGAAGGAACGAUGGAGGACUGGGAUCUGGAGACGUUGGAAAAAGUUGUGGAAUCGAAAGGAAAGGAGUAUAACCAGAAUAAACCAACUGACAUUGUUUGCAAACACUUCCUUGAUGCAGUGGAGAAAAAGCAAUACGGUUGGUUCUGGGUUUGUCCCAAUGGUAAUAAAGAGUGCCAUUACAGACAUGCUCUCCCUCCAGGAUACAUUUUAAAGUCCCAAAUGAAGGCGCUUUUGGAAGAAGAGGCUAACAAGUUAGCUAUAGAGGAUGAGAUUGAGGAUCAGCGUUCUAAAGUGAAAACAACAACUCCAAUGACUACUGAUCUGUUUAUGGGAUGGAAGAAGAAGAAGAUGGAUGAAAAAGAAGCUGGCCUGGCUGCUCAGAGAGCAGAGAGGGCUAAAAAUGAUCGAAUGAGUGGUCGUGAGCUGUUUCUUUCUGAUGCUAGUUUGUUUGUGGAUGAUGCCGAGGCAUAUGAGAAGUACAACAGAGAAGAAGAACCUGAUGAUACCGCCCAGAAGGCACCAGAAAGUUCAUCAAAUGGUGGGCCGAGUACAUCAACAAGUGUUCCCACUGUUUCAGAAGAAGGUAAUUCUGAGAUUGAUGAUGAUGAUGAUGAUGAUCUAGAUUUGGAUGAGUUGAAUGAACUCGAAGCAAGCUUGGCCAAAACAUCUAUUCAAAUUAAAGAGCCGGUAAAAUAAGUCACUUUUUGAGAGGUUCAUGAUCACUCAUGUGGAGAAGUGAACAUAAUUUGAAGAGAGAUCAUCAUCUACCCUUUUCAUUAGUAUGGAGGUAAUUCGGCUAUACUGUAAUUUGCCCCUUCUCUUAGUUCAUAGUCCAAUAUGAUGGGAUGUAGAAUGCAAGUUUUGAAUUUGUUUUGCAUGAUUUAGCUGGUUCGGAUAUCUGUUUUUAGAGGUUUUGUUAAAAGCACCAAUAUCACGAGCCAGUCAGCCAGACAUACUUGUACCAAAAUCUGUUUUAAUUUUCUUUUUUUUUAAGGGGAUCACUAUCCAUAUUUCUGAAA